AUGGAGCAAGAUAUAGACACCGUCAACACGAUUCCAGCACAGCCACCGAUCACAGUCCUCCCAACCACAGUACCUGAAAAUGUUGUCACUACCGACUCCUCAUCGGCGAAGGAAGACCGGGAACCUGAAUACCUCGGCCUACGCGCUUUGGCAUUGUUGAUGUCCUCCCUGUUGCUGGUCGUCAUCAUUCUCACACUCGACCAAUCGAUUCUUGCUACUGCGAUACCCAAGAUCACCGACCACUUCCACACAAUCGCCGACAUAGGAUGGUAUCCAGCAGCGUAUAUGAUCUGCAAUGCCUGUCUCCAGCCUCUCACGGGAAAAGUCUACACCUACUUCUCUCUCCGCUACGCGUUCCUGAGCUUCGUCUUUGUGUUCGAGCUAGGCUCUCUCAUCUGCGGUGUUUCCCAAUCCAGCACCAUGUUGGUUGUUGGUCGAGCAGUUGCAGGCAUGGGCGGCUCAGGCAUUCAGAACGGUGCCCUGACCAUGAUCGCAGUCGCAGCACCACCUUCUCAAAGACCAACAUUGAUGGGGAUCGUCAUGGCCAUGGCAGGCGCGGGACAACUGAUUGCACCCCUCAUCGGCGGCGCACUCACACAACACGCAUCGUGGCGAUGGUGUUUCUACUUGAACCUGCCCAUCGGAGGCCUCGUCCUAGCUGUCAUGGCGUGCAUCCAAAUGCCAGCAUACAAGAAUCGCAAAGCGAGCUGGACCUUUCGCGAUGUGAUGCGUGACUUUGACAUUACAGGAUUCACCAUCUUCGCGCCCGCCUGCGUCAUGCUCCUGCUUGCGCUGGAAUGGGGCGGUUCGACAUAUUCAUGGUCAUCAGCCAAGAUCAUUGGCCUAUUCUGUGGAUCUGGCGGCACGUUCAUUGUCUUCUUCAUCUGGGAAUACAUGCACGACGACAAUGCCAUGAUUCCCUUGCCUCUGUUACGCAUGCGGGUAGUAUACAGCGGCAUGGGCGCUACCUUUUUCCAGUUUGGUGCUCUUUUGACCUUCUCCUACUAUUUGCCACUAUGGUUCCAGGUGGUGAAAGGGGCCAGCCCGACUAUGAGCGCCGUCUAUAUCCUCCCGACAUUCAUCUCCCAAGUGGCGUCGGCGAUCCUCGCCGGCGUGUGGGUCUCGCGGAUUGGCUACGUCGCGCCCUUUGCGCUUGUGGGCUCCGCUCUCGCAGCACUGUCGUCUGGCUUGAUCACCACGUUCAACGUCAAUACCGAGCCAGGCCCCUGGAUCGGGUAUCAAAUCAUCAACGGUUUCGGUAGAGGCAUGGCCAUUCAACAACCCAUCCAAGCGGUCCAGUCUGUCGUUCAACCGGCAAUGGUCCCCACAAUUACCGCCUUGGUCUCCUGGUCGCAAACAUUCGGCGGAGCUAUCUUCAUUGGCCUCGCUCAGACUGCCUUCAUUAACCUCCUCAAAAGCGCUUUGAAGAGCCAUGCUCCCGGAGUCGAUGCCGCUGUUGUCAUUGCCACCGGCGCAACAGAGUAUCUCGCGGAACUCGUGGCCAAGGGCGACACGACGACCCGGAACGGAGUAUUGCUUGCCUACAACGAGGCUAUCACCAAGACAUUCUAUCUCGCCCUUGGAUGCACGCUGGCAGCUUUCAUCGGCAGUGCUGGCUUAGGCAAGACAAGAGUCGAGACGAAGAAAAAGCAUGUCAAGGGAGAUAUCGAGAAAGGCGGCAAAGGAAAGAAGGCUGAGACAACGUCAUUGGGCGGGCACAGCGAGAAGGCAAAUGCAGACUCCAACAGCGACAGGAUCAUGAACGACCACGAAUCGCGCCCUGUUUCCACCGACAUCGCAAGCACUGGGUCGAUCAAGGCUGCAUAG